AUGCCUGGUCAAUUGGUCAAUGUUGCAUUUUUCUCCCAAGUGGAGGAUAUGAAUAUGUACUUAACGGAUUACAGAUCUUCUAAGCAAAAUUCCCAGCAACAGGUAUAUGCUCAACAGACAGCACAUCGAUACAAUCAUCAAUUAAAGAUGAAUAGUACGCAAUAUUUGAAUUUUAAUAGCAUGCAACAACAGGGCGCAUAUCCACAAUCUCAAAAUAUGCAUCAGCAGCACCAGCAGCAAACACAACAAAUUAAUCGUAAAAAGUAUAAUAAUGGCACAACAUUUGCUCAAUCAAGUAAUUUUAACGUUAGGUCGCGUCAACAAGUUAACAGUGGUAAAUAUAACCAACCAUACCAACAGUCGGUCACAAGUAUUUACAAUAAUGCUGUAAAUCAAUACAAUUUUCCAUCUGGCUUAUUUGGGGGUUAUACAUCGACACCCAAUCUUCCUUAUUCGAAAAGUGGUAUAAAUCAAUCAGGAGAUGGUCCGUUUACUAACGACUAUAACGACCAGUUACUUAAAGAAGGAAAUUAUGAUAACUUAAGCUUAUUAUCUAAUAAUAGUCCCAACGUGUCUAAUUCAUCAUUAGGCCAAUUCAACAACAGUGUGGGCAAUAUCUCUCAAAUACCAGAUUCCAGAGCCUGCUUUAGUCCAAACUCUAGCAUAACACCUCCACCUAUACCUCCAUCACGCUUGUCUUCAACUUUGAGUUCAGCGUCUGUUACAUCAUCUAUAUGCAAUGACUUAGAUUUCGUUCUGCCAAAUGAAGGAGGUAAUACUCAUCCAUUUGUACAACAGCAACCACAACAGCAGCAGCAACAAAGUCGUUUCUUGUCUCAACUUCCGCAAACUUCACAGCAAUCAUUUGCCUCAUUUGGUAACCAAUUGGUAGAACAGUCAUUUUCGCAAGAUCACGAUCUUCUAAACUCAUUGAAUCAGUCAUCUUCUCUUUCAACUGAACAACAUGAUUUACACUUACCUUAUGGAAGAAAUCCUUAUCAAUCUGACACAUUCCCUUCUACUUUUUUGGUUUCACAAACGAAUGCUGCAUGGAACAAUGAUAAUUCUUCCCGCCCAACAACCACAACAUCAUCAAACUCUAUUUGGAACUCAGACAUGAGCGUUUGGAGUUAG